AUGGCAUUAAAUAAAUUAAUUGGAAUAGUUGGUCGUUUACCUGUAAAGAAUGUCUCUCAAUUUGGACAAAAAUUUGCUGCAUCAACGAUGAGUGUACGUGAUGCACUUUCGAUGGCGUUAGAUGAGGAAUUAUCACAUGAUGAGCGUGUUUUUUUAUUGGGUGAAGAAGUUGGACAUUAUGAUGGUGCUUAUAAGAUCUCAAGAGGAUUGAUGCGUAAAUUUGGCGAAUCUCGUGUCAUAGAUACUCCAAUUACGGAAGCAGGUUUUUGUGGUUUGGCAGUUGGUGCUGCAUUUGCUGGUCUUCGUCCAAUUUGUGAAUUUAUGACUUAUAACUUUUCCAUGCAAUGUAUUGAUCAGAUUAUAAAUAGUGCAGCUAAGACAUAUUAUAUGUCAGCGGGUCAGCUAAAUUGUCCGAUUGUUUUUCGUGGACCAAAUGGAGCAGCUGCUGGUGUUGCCGCACAACACAGUCAAGAUUUUACGGUAUGGUAUGCUCAUUGUCCAGGACUAAAGGUUGUUACACCUUAUUCUGCUGAAGAUGCAAAAGGUUUGCUGAAGUCAGCUGUUCGUGAUGAUAAUCCCGUGGUUAUGUUGGAGAAUGAAUUGUUAUAUAGCGAAACAUUCCCAAUGUCAGAUGAGGCACUGAAAAACGAUUUUAUGGUACCUAUUGGUAAAGCAAAAAUUGAGCGAGAAGGAACAGAUAUAACCCUUAUUUCAUAUUCGAUUGGUUUGGUAACAACGAUGAAAGCUGCUGAACAGUUAGCCAAAGAAGGAAUUAGUGCUGAAAAAUCAGUUAUGAAAACUCAUCACGUAGUAACCAUUGAUAAUGGAUGGCCUUUUUGCUGUGUGGGAUCAGAAAUUUGCAUGCAGUUAAAUGAAUCAGAAGCAUAUGAUGCUUUGGAUGGUCCCGUAUAUCGAGUUACUGGUACUGAUGUUCCAAUGCCGUUUAGUGAAUCGCUUGAAAUUGCAGCACAACCACAACCAGCUGAUGUGAUUAAAAUGGCAAAGAGAUCAUUGAAAAAAUAA